AUGGUGUUCCUGUCACUUUGGUUGAUAGCAGCCUCUCUGGUAGAGGUUAGGACGUCAGCUGAUGGACAAGCUGGUACUGAAGAAAUGGUGCAAAUAGAUUUACCAAUAAAGAGAUACAGAGAGUAUGAGCUGGUAACACCAGUUAGCACAAAUCUGAAAGGACACUAUCUUUCCCAUAUUCUUUCUGCAAAUCACAAGAAGAGGUCACCCAGGGAUGUGUCGUCUAACUCAGAGCAAUUGUUCUUCAAUGUCACUGCGUUUGGAAGAGAUUUUCAUCUUCGACUAAAGCCCAACACUCACUUCCUAGCUCCUGGGGCCGUUGUGGAAUGGCAUGAGACAUCUCCAGUGCCUGGGAAUAUAACUGACCCCGGAAACAGCCGUCAGCACGGAAGUGCUUCGGAAAGAAUCUGGAGAUCAGAGCCUUUGCAGACUAGCUGUGCUUAUGUUGGUGACAUCAUGGACAUUCCAGGAACCUCUGUCGCCAUUAGCAACUGUGAUGGUCUGGCUGGGAUGAUAAGAAGUGAUACUGAAGAGUAUUUCAUUGAGCCCUUGGAAAGAGGUAAGCAGAUGGAGGAAGCGAAAGGAAGAAUUCACGUUGUCUACAAGAGAUCAGCCCUGGAGCAGGCUCCCAGAGAUGUGUCUGAAGACUCCUACUACAGGGAGCCGGAUCGGGAAGGCCUUGAUGAUCUAGGUACAGUUUACAGCAACAUUGGCCAGCAGCUGAAUGAGACAAUGAGGCGCCGCAGACACUCGGGAGAGAAUGAUUACAACAUCGAGGUGCUUCUGGGAGUGGAUGACUCUGUGGUCCGUUUCCAUGGCAAAGAACAUGUCCAAAACUACCUCCUCACCCUGAUGAACAUUGUAAAUGAAAUCUACCAUGACGAGUCCCUUGGAGUGCAUAUAAAUGUGGUCCUGGUGCGAAUGAUUAUGCUCGGUUACGCAAAGUCUAUCAGCCUCAUAGAAAGGGGGAACCCAUCCAGGAGUCUGGAGAAUGUGUGUCGCUGGGCUUGCCAACAACAAAAACCUGAUCCCAACCACGCUGAACACCACGAUCAUGCCAUUUUCUUAACCAGGCAAGACUUUGGGCCUGCUGGAAUGCAAGGAUACGCUCCAGUCACAGGCAUGUGCCACCCAGUGAGAAGUUGUACCUUGAAUCAUGAAGAUGGUUUCUCGUCUGCCUUCGUAGUAGCCCAUGAAACCGGCCAUGUGUUGGGAAUGGAGCAUGACGGGCAAGGGAACAGGUGUGGGGAUGAGACCGCCAUGGGGAGCGUCAUGGCGCCCCUGGUACAAGCCGCCUUCCAUCGCUACCACUGGUCCAGAUGCAGUGGUCAGGAACUGAAGAGAUACAUCCAUUCCUAUGACUGUCUCCUUGACGACCCCUUUGAACACGAUUGGCCCAAACUCCCAGAACUUCCUGGAAUCAAUUAUUCCAUGGAUGAGCAAUGCCGUUUUGAUUUUGGUGUUGGCUACAAAAUGUGUACUGCGUUCCGAACUUUUGACCCGUGCAAACAGCUGUGGUGCAGCCAUCCCGAUAACCCAUAUUUCUGUAAGACUAAGAAGGGGCCCCCUCUCGACGGGACUGAAUGCGCUCCUGGGAAGUGGUGCUAUAAAGGGCAUUGCAUGUGGAAGAAUGCUAAUCAACAAAAACAAGAUGGCAACUGGGGGUCAUGGACCAAAUUUGGUUCCUGUUCCAGGACAUGUGGCACUGGAGUUCGAUUUAGAACACGCCAGUGCAAUAAUCCCACGCCCAUCAAUGGUGGUCAGGAUUGCCCUGGUGUUAAUUUUGAGUACCAGCUUUGUAAUACAGAAGAAUGCCAAAAGCACUUUGAGGACUUCAGGGCCCAGCAGUGCCAACAGCGUAAUUCCCACUUUGAAUACCAGAAUACCAAACACCACUGGCUGCCGCAUGAACAUCCUGACUCCAAGAAAAGAUGCCACCUUUACUGCCAGUCCAAAGAGACUGGGGAUGUUGCCUACAUGAAGCAGCUGGUACACGAUGGAACUCGAUGCUCCUACAAAGAUCCAUACAGCAUAUGUGUGCGAGGAGAAUGUGUGAAAGUGGGCUGCGACAAAGAAAUUGGUUCCAACAAGGUUGAGGAUAAGUGUGGGGUCUGUGGAGGGGACAAUUCCCACUGUCGAACUGUGAAGGGGACAUUUACCAGAACACCCAGGAAACUUGGGAAGACGAGAGGCGCAUUCAUUUUACCCAAAGGAGCUCGUAAUAUUUCUCUUGCUGAAACAAGAGAAACUAAAAAUGUACUGGCUAUUAAGAACCAAGCCACAGGUCACUACAUUUUAAAUGGGAAAGGGGAGGAAGCCAAGUCACGGACCUUCAUAGAUCUUGGUGUCGAGUGGGAUUACAACAUUGAAGAUGACAUUGAAACUCUCCACACGGAUGGGCCCCUUCAUGACCCUGUUAUUGUUCUGAUCAUACCUCAGGAGAAUGACACCCGCUCUAGCCUGACGUAUAAGUACAUCAUUCAUGAAGACUCUGUCCCAACAAUCAACAGCAACAAUGUCAUCCAGGAGGAGCUGGACACCUUCGAGUGGGCACUGAAGAGUUGGUCUCAGUGCUCCAAACCCUGUGGUGGAGGUUUCCAGUAUACAAAAUAUGGAUGCCGAAGGAAAAGCGAUAGUAAAAUGGUUCAUCGCAGCUUCUGUGAGGUCAAUAAAAAGCCAAAACCCAUUAGACGCAUGUGCAACAUUCAGGAGUGCACACACCCACUCUGGGCAGCAGAAGAAUGGGAACACUGUAGCAAAAGCUGUGGCAGCUCGGGCUACCAGCUCCGCACUGUGCGCUGCCUCCAGCCACUCCAUGAUGGUACCAACCGCUCUGUGCACAGCAAGUACUGCCUGGGGGAGCGUCCUGAGAGCCGCCGGCCCUGUAACAGAGUCCCCUGCCCAGCCCAGUGGAAAACAGGGCCCUGGAAUGAAUGUUCAGUGACCUGCGGAGAAGGAACAGAGGUGAGACAGGUUCUCUGCAGGACUGGAGAACACUGUGAUGGCGAAAAGCCUGAGUCUAUCAGACCCUGCCAGCUGCCUCCCUGUAAUGAUGAGCCAUGCUUGGGCGACAAGUCCAUAUUCUGUCAAAUGGAGGUGCUUGCCCGAUACUGCUCCAUACCAGGGUAUAACAAGUUGUGCUGUGAGUCAUGUAGCAAGCGCAGUGGGACCCUGCCACCACCAUACCUUCAAGAAGCUGCUGAAAUCCAUAGUGAUGCUAUCUUUGGUCCUAGUGACCUUCCUAGGUCUCUAGUGAUGCCGACACCCUUUCUCCCUUACUACUCAGGGACCCGUGCUGAGAAGAAAUCCUUGAGUAGCAUCUCUUCCAUGGCAAAUCCAAAUGCAUACGCUGCUCUCAGAGCCAGCAGCCGACCUAGUGCUAACUUACCCCAGAAGGAAAUGCAGCAGGCCGGAAGAAAGACAAUGGUGUCAGUACCACCUUCCUCAUCUGUAAAGACUGAUCACUUCCAUUCUGCCUCACCCGGGGCUGCUGCCCCCUCCCCGGCUCUCAGUGAUUCAAUAGGUGCUUCUACCCAGGCAAGAACCCCAAAGAAAGAUGGAAGGAAUAUUAGCAAGAGACAUCCAGUCAGGUCAGCCACCUCAGAGAGAUGAGAAAGCGGACCUAUGGGGCUAGAGGUCAAAGGGAAACCUGGGCAGCCUCCCUCCCUGCAUGGUGCAUACAGCUUGUUAAAAAGCAGGACCCUCCACACAAGGUUUACUCAUGUCCUCUGUCAAUGGAAGGGCAGGAAGUGCUGGUUCACUUUUUAGUUGCUUCCAUCCAUCUCCUGUUCUGCAUCGACCUGUUUACCAGAAUCCAUUGGAAGAAAGCGCCAAAGCUGUUUUCAGAAGGAAAGAGCCUAGCUGCAGUGGCCCCGGCCUAGCAUCCCAGCAUUUGGGAAACCCAGGCAAAAGAGUAGCUGCCAGUCCUGGGCCAGCCUGGAAUGCCUCUCUCAAAAACAGAAAAGAAAUGGAAAAUGGUUAAACGUGUUGCUUGCUCUCUAAGGAAGAAAAGAGCC